AUGUUGAGCCCCAUCCAGGUGCUGUGCUCCGACAUCACUACCCUUUCUCUGGAGCCUGAGCCGUUUGCCUCUUACACUGAAGCCGACAUCAUCUCCACUGUUGAGUUCAACCACACGGGAGAGCUGCUGGCCACUGGGGAUAAGGGAGGACGAGUAGUCAUCUUUCAGCGAGAACCUGAGAGCAAAACUGAGCUAUUCUGCCAGGGAGAGUACAAUGUCUACAGCACUUUCCAGAGCCAUGAACCCGAAUUCGACUACCUUAAGAGCCUGGAGAUCGAGGAGAAGAUCAAUAAGAUCCGAUGGUUGCCUCAGCAGAACGCGGCACACUUCCUCCUCUCUACCAAUGAUAAAACCAUUAAGCUGUGGAAGGUGAGUGAACGAGACAAACGUCCAGAGGGAUACAACCUCAAAGAUGAGGAGGGUCGCGUCAAGGACAUUUCCACUGUUACUUCCCUACAGGUGCCUGUUUUAAAGCCCAUGGACUUAAUGGUGGAGGUGAGCCCGCGGCGAGUGUUCGCCAACGCCCACACCUAUCACGUCAACUCCAUCUCUGUCAACUCUGACCACGAAACCUACAUGUCGGCCGAUGACCUUAGGAUAAACCUUUGGCACCUGGACAUCACUGACCGCAGCUUCAACAUUGUGGACAUUAAGCCAGUCAACAUGGAGGAUCUGACCGAGGUGAUCACAGCAGCAGAGUUUCACCCCCAUCACUGUAACCUUUUUGUGUACAGCAGCAGCAAAGGCACCCUGCGCUUAUGUGACAUGAGAGAGGCGGCGCUGUGCGACCGACACUCCAAAUUGUUUGAGGAGCCAGAGGACCCCAGUGCUCGCUCCUUCUUCUCUGAGAUCAUCUCCUCAGUGUCUGACGUCAAGUUUAGCCACAGUGGCCGCUAUUUGCUCACCAGGGACUACCUUACUGCCAAAGUGUGGGACCUCAACAUGGAGAGCAAACCCCUGGAGACCUACCAAGUUCACGAUUACCUCCGCAGCAAGUUGUGCUCCCUUUAUGAAAAUGACUGCAUCUUCGACAAGUUCGAGUGCGCCUGGAACGGCUCUGACAGCGUGAUCAUGACAGGGGCCUACAACAACUUCUUCCGCAUGUUCGACCGCAACACCAAGCGCGACGUGACCUUAGAAGCGUCCCGGGAGAGCAGCAAACCCCGGGCCGUACUCAAGCCGCGUCGAGUGUGCGCUGCCGGGGGCAAGCGGCGCAAGGACGACAUCAGCGUGGACAGCCUGGACUUUACUAAGAAGAUCCUGCACACGGCCUGGCACCCGACGGAGAACAUCAUCGCCAUCGCCGCCACCAACAACUUGUACAUCUUCCAGGAUAAACUCAACUCGGAGAUGCAUUCUUGA